AUGGAUAAUACGGUCGACGUUUGGGCCGAGGAACUGAGCAAGAAGAAAUUGGAUGACCCAAUUGAGGAACAUAAGCAUUCCAAGAAUUUUGGUACCAAGCCUGAAGUACCUGAUGAACUCAAAGAACUGAUGAACAAAGCACUUCCGCGAGGCGAAAACGAACAUAUAGACCGUGAAGGCAACGAUAAAACCUUAUACGAUUUGCUAGAUAUAGCUCCACAUGGUAGAAAGCUGUUGAAUGAGCUCUUUUCAGGGCCUCGCGGCAGGGGAGACGUAUUUCAGCACUACGAAAAAAGUGCUAUACAUAAACAAUUGGUGGAGAAGGUAGAUAGCUGGAUUGUAGAGGAAGAGGAGUUUUCGGGCGAUACUGGAGCUUCCCGCGCUGUGUCCCAGGGAGAGUAUUCGUCUGCUAUUUUUUCGUGGAGCUCUGCAAACAAAGACAAAAAGAAGCCCAGUUCAACAGAUGGGAAAAGAGUUUCAAGUCGUGGCUUAUAUCAUCACUCACUGAACCAAACACUUCGCAAAAAAGCUUACGCAGGAAUAAACGAGCUUUUGGCCCAGCGGCGAGACCAGGAAAGGCAGCGCGAACUAGAGAAGAUAUCGUUUCUUAACAGCACGCCGAUCGCCCCUAGCACAUUCAAAGUUGAUCCCUUACAAAAAUUCGAAGCUCGGGCAUUGCCAAGGGAGCGCAAGAAGAAACCGAAACAGCAAAAAAAGCGAUCGAGCAUCCUAUGGUUUUGGAAGGGGUCCUCCCAUACCGAGAAAGCUCCAGUGCACCAAUCUAAAGAUAAAAGAACAACUGUCUCAGCGCAGCUCGCAUCUGAUAGCCACAUUAUAGCGCAGGACGUCGAAGACCUAAACGCACCUAAACCAGAAGCACAAGACCUGGACAACUCCCCAAGCCUCCUGACGGGACAGUCGAGCAGCACACAGGAAGGGAUACUUCAAAAUAACGAUGAACCGAGCGAGGACGAAGAUUCAAUUUUUGGUGAAUUCGAGUCCGCCGUGUCGCCGCAGCCGGUAUCCGAUACUUGCGUGCAACAACAAGAAGUGACUUCAAAUAAUAGCAACAACAAAGAAACCAUGGGUGCUGUGAUGAAUUCAUUUACACCACUUCAGCCCAAAAGGAAGAAUUAA